CACAAGCUUUGGCUGACGAAACCCGGAAGUGUCGGCGGCGUGUGAGUAAGCAUUGCGACGGGACUGCAAACUUGCCAUGUUUCAGCUCACACCUCUUAAGUUACUUUUUAGGACAUAUACGCGGUAUUAACGAUGGCUGAUUCAGGUGCAGGGGAUCAUCACAUGCUCCCCCCUGGAGCAAGUGCCAGGGGCCAAAUGAUGGGCCGCCGAACACCUGCUACUAUCUCUGCUGGCCGCCUCCCUACAAUGCGUUCUAGAGACCUCACCUUGGGGGGAGUAAAAAAGAAAACAUUCACACCCAACAUCAUUGGCCGUAAAGUUAGAGAAGACACUAAGGAUGAGGGCACGCCAAGGAGGGACAAGGAUUCAACCCGAGGCAGAGGUUCAAGAGAUAGAGGCAGGGGUCGGGGUCGUGGUCGGGGUCUCCCUGACACCAUCCAGUCCCAUUCUAUUUUUGAGCAGGGCCCUACAGAAGCGGCCGUUAAAAGAAUAGCCGGUUAUCAAAGUGAAAGAGAAGCCCCAAGCAUGGGACUCUCACCCAUCAUCAAUAUCAAAAAAGAGAAGAGAGAAACCGAGGAAGAGACCAAAGAGAUCCUGCGCAAACUGGAUCGAGACGACUUUAUAGAUGAUCAUUUAUUGAGGGGUGAACAGAGGAGCUGCCCGGUUCAGCUUCCUCUUGCUGUGUCAGGAUGGAGUUUCAAGGAAGAAUCGAGUGCCCCUCGUGUUAAAAUUGAGAAGAUGGAUGAAGACGAUCCCAUGGAGCCUGCAGUACAAAUAAAGGAGGAGCAAGAGGAAGUAGAAAUAAAGAAGACCGAGGCCACUUAUAAGCUUCCUCCGCUGCCGGAGCCUGAGGUUCUACAAGACCUGCUCCACAAGUGGAGUCUGAGCAAAAAUGAGGAGCUGUUCUUCAUGCAGCUGCCCGACUCACUGCCUGGCCAGCCACCCACCAAGGAGUACAAGCCUAUAAAAACGGAAGUGCAGUCUGAGGAUGGACAGUCUGUUCUACUAAAAACAGAGACUGAGGAGGAGCAAGUGGAUGAUAAUAGUUGUAAUUUAAAAGACCUGCGAGAUGGUCUUGUUGGGAAGAUGCUGGUGCGGAAGUCUGGCCGAGUGCAGCUCAUAAUGGGACAAGUCUCAUUGGACGUGUCCCUCGGAGCAUCAUGCGCUUUCUUUCAGGAACUUGUAUCUGUUAGUACGGAGGGACGAACAGGAGACUUGACCGUGUUAGGUAAUGUUAAACACAAAAUAGUUUGCUCCCCAGACUUUGAAUCUCUGCUGGAGAGCAGAUGAUGAUGUGUAAAUCUUUGACAGUUUGGGAUUUGCUCUGUUGUGUCAUAUCAAAGUAGGAAAUAUACCCUAAACUCUAAAGAAAAAACUGGAAAGAAGACCAGUAUUCUAUUACUAGCAUUGAUUGCAGUGGUAUGCCAUAUUUAUGUUUCAUUUUCCUUCAUCUAAAACGAUUUGACAUGACUGUACAUUGAUGUAAAUGUGUGAAUAAAUGUUUUUUUUGUUAUUAAAAUGAAAAAUCAC